AUGUCCAACAAUCAACAAGUGCUCCGCUCCGAGGUCGUUCUGGAGAAAUAUGGCAAGGCCCUCGCUGGAAAGACAGUGCUCAUCACCGGUGUUUCCGACGACUCAAUUGCAGGCGAACUCGCACUUCAGCUUUCCGCCGCGGAUCCAAAACUACUGAUCCUGACUGCCCGUGCCGAAUCAAAAGUCGCUGGAAUUCAAGAGAAGAUCAGAUCAUCCAAGCCAGAUGUGGAGACUCGCUUUCUCAACAUAGACCUAAGCGACUUGAGCGCCGUGCGAAAAGCUGUCGAAGACCUAGAUGAUGUGUCUCAAAUCGACCAUCUUGUCUCUGUAGCCGGCGUCAUGUUCCCACCUUACAAAAAGACAAAGGAUGGCUUUGAGAGCCAACUAGGAGUCAAUUAUCUGGCGAAUUUCGUGCUUGUGAACUUGCUCUUACCGAAGAUCCGUGCUGCGGGGCCAGAUUCGUCUGUAGUCAUCAUGGCUUCGUCUAUGGUCAGACAGGGAAAAAUGCACUUCGAUGACUUCAACUUCAGUGAUGGCCGAACCUAUGAUCCUAUGGUCGCCUAUGGCCAGUCGAACGCUGCGAGAGUCAUGUUUGUCAAAAGACUGGGUGAGAAGUUGAAGGAGGAUAAAAUCCGUGUCUUCAGUGUCGAUCCUGGUGCUGUUCAGACCGGUCUACAGCGACACUGCCCUCCUGGAUUUCUUGACCAGGUCGCCGAAUGGAAGAAGGCCGGAACCAUGGUUGACAUAGACGGAAAUCCAUUCGAAAUUCCCCCGUGGACUACUGCCUCAGAAGGAGCCGCUACGGUCAUCACGGGAAUGAUCGACCCUACCAUCGCAAAGUAUAACGGCUCGUAUCUCAGCAAGAACGCAGUCUCAGACCACGAGUUGCAUACACAUAUCAACGAUGAAAACAACUGGACUAAACUCUGGGAGCUCAGUGAAAACCUGACCCAGGAAACGUUUUCGCUGUGA